ACAUUUAAAAGGGUAUGAUUUUUUUUUCUCUUUCUAAGGGUAUAUCGUUCAGCUGAUAUAGCAAUCUGCCAAUUACAUAGAUUAUACCUGAAUAAGAUUAAAAGAACUAUAGUUACGAUGAUAAUUAGUAUUACUGAAAACCAGUAAAAACGAGAACAAAUAAACAAAUCGAAUGAUUUUACGACAAAAAAUUCAAGUGAACUUUAUUCUCUCAUAAGAUCUGAUUGUUGAGGAUGAGAAAAUAAUUAAUUUUUUUCAAUAAAACUUAUGAAAUAUAAAGGUCAUACUAGUUUUAUUAUCUCACUGCUUUGUUAGUUAAACUGAGUAGAUCUUACACAGAAAACAGAAUGAUAAGUUGCCUUCUGAUAUCAAUUUUUGCAUUACGUUUUGUGACGGCUACAGAACAACCAAAGUUGGAUUAUGGCCAUAAAGAUCUUGCCUGUGAUGCUUUGGAUUUCGUUCAAGAAGAAGUUAUAUACCUUUUAAAACAAGGACAAUUCAAGAGAAAUUUAAUUGAGUACAUAUCAUCAGUGAUAUGUGACAAUUUGGAUCAACAAUCUCAAAGACAUAAAUGCAAUACUCAUAUAGCUAGUCAAACUAAACUAUUUUUGAAGAAUUUCAUUGAAGCAUCAACACAUAAACGUAUUAACUCAAUGUUGAGCUGGUGUCAUCCAUAUGCUGCAAAUCUGAAAGACGAUAACUCAAGCUACUUGUGUAGUGGAUGUGAAACUGUGAUAACAUUUGUGAAAACACUGACAGUAUCCUCAACUGCUAAAGAUCUUAUUCACGAAGCUGUUACAAAACUUUGUUCAUUAGCUGGAGCUUUACAAACUCAGGUGAGAAUCUAACAAAAUAAAAUGAUUCUUUUUUAAAUUAUAUCGAGUUGAACGUAAAUAUGAAAACAAAAGUGAUGAGUAGGUGAAUUGUAAAGACCAAUGUAAUUUGAAGUUUUAUGUAUCUUUGAAAUCUUCUCUAUACAUUUCCACUUGUACUGAAGUUGUGAACUUCCACGUCAGUUUAUUAAUAUUGUGUAGUAGACAAUAAGCAAAUGGUAUUUUUGAACAAGCUUUCAGGUAAAAAGAAUUUUAAAAAGUUGAAAACCAACAUUUGACAACUUUGGUAUCUCUAAAAAAUACAUGUGGUAUACUAUUAAUUAUCUGACAUUGAAAAACUCUAAAUCAGUCUUCUAACUAAAUAUAAUUCUUAGAAAAUUUGAGCACGGUCAUAAUUAUUAUUAUCACCAAUGAUAAAUUUCUCAUGGAUUUCGCCGAUGACUUGUGCCUGAUGUCACAUAAACUUGAAGAUCUACAGCCAAAAACUAACAAGUUGACAGAAGCGGCAAAGUGGUGAAGACGGGACUUCAAGUGAAUAUAGAAAAGACAGAGGUGAUGAAGAUACCGCACCACCACCAUCAACAACAACAAACUCCAAUCACCAUCAAGGGGAGAAACUUAAGGGAAGUAACCUCCUUCACCUAUCUAGGAAGCACUGUUUCAACUACAGGCAGCACAGGCACAGACGAGGAUGUCAAAGUCAGCCAGGAUCGGAAAGACAGGAAGACAGGCGUUCAUUAGCCUGAAACGGGUGUGGAGAUCUUCUGCACUCCAUUCAGCAUGUGGAACAGGAUCCGGAUUUUCAACACCAACGUCAAGUCAGUGCUUCUGUGUGAUGGUUCAGAGACUUGGCGCGUCACGAAAGGGAUUUCCAAUAAACUACACACAUUCAUCAACAACUGCUUACGCUGGCUCGCUACUGAAGAUCAGAUGGAUUGCCAGAAUAAUGAGAAUAAGCAACAAGGAGCUCUGAGAACGAACCAACCGAGAAUCUAUCACUCAACAAAUAUGCAGAAGGAGGAAGUGGAGAUGGAUUGGGCAUGCACUGAGAAGGCCGACUGGGGACAUCACGCGUCACGCCCUCGAGUGGAACCCAGAUGGAAAGCGACGAGUUGGACGUCGGUGCUGAAGGUGACAUGGAGGAGGUCGUGCGAGGAGGAAAUGAGAGGUUGUGGGCUGUCGUGGAACCAGGUUCAAAAGAUCUCAGAGAACAGAGUUCACUGGAGACGUGCUACUGAAGCCCUAUGUUCCAUUAGGAACCCAGGGGACUUAUAAUAAUAAUAAUGAUAAAUUUCUCAGGGGAAAGUGCCAUAUCUACAAGUAAAUGUGUCGGUAUUCUACUCUUCAGGACUACACAACACCAUCAGAUUCUUUAUCGUAUAAUUCGUUUCAUACUAUAUUUUGUGACAGAUUUAUAAUUAUUGUAAUGUAGACUACUUCAAUAUAAAAAGCAACAAAGUUAUAGAAAAAGUGAUUUGUAUUCUCCUUUUAUUUCAGCAUUACUGUUGUCCAUGUCAUAUAUAGUGUAUAUUUUAAAUGAAAAUAGUGCACAUAUGCACAGUUAGACUCCAUACAAUUUCUAUAGUUAAAGGUAGUUAUUCAAUCGAAAGUAAUGGGGAUAUUUUGGCAAAAAUCUGUUGUAACUCACUGGGGUUAAACACAUCCCUUCUGGUUCAUUAAAGAAACAAAAGAAUAAUGGGACAAUUGUUGACCUUUUAACAACAAAAUAAUGCUAUGUUAGAGACGUAUGAUAAAUUGGUAUUGAUAUAAAAACAAAACUUGGGAAAUGUUGUGUAAUAUAGUUCAAUAUUAGAUUUGUUUAUUUGAUAUACAGGACACAGCGAUACAGUAUUAUUUACUUGAUGACGUUUCGAGCAUAAAUUAUCACUGCUCAUAACCAUAUCAAUGUAAUCACACUACUUCCAACAAUCCAUUUUUAUAGUCCUGUUACCUAAUCAUUCUUUGUUUUUAUUGAUAGUAAAAUAUUACAUAUCUCCGGUAUAUGUGUUGCCUCAUUCCAGUUACAUCUGUUGGGUUGCGUACUGAUUUGACGAACAAAGAUUCACUAGUCAAUCUUUCCCUUCACCUUAUUAUAUAUUGGACCUCAGUACAGCAAUUUUAUCUCAUCCAUUCUAUUGUGUGAGGUUGUGUUAACGCAGACAUUGCAAUAGCUGAGUGUUUUCCUUGAAUAUUAAUCUUACUGGAGUCUAUCAUUCUGUAUAUAACUAAAUUCUUACGUUUCGCUGAUUGAACUGACCUCGUUCGGUUAGUUUGACUUAUGUGCUUGAUCUGACAGUCAUUGCAUUGAAUUUGGUAGACUGGAUUAUUUUCCUGAAUUAGAUCUAUUGGAUGCUUAAGUCAGCAAGGUUUAUCUAUGAUUUAGUUUGUAGGUUCAAAUAUCACACUGAUUUCGACGUUGUUGAGAAUCCUAAGUAAAGUUUCUAAUGUUCCUUCCUCAUAUCUGGUAACACAACAAAGGCUGUAAACUUAUUUUUACUCGUGUUGUCACCAUUUUUCGUGUUCGUAUUAUUGUUAUUAUUUUGUUUCUCAUGUGUUCGUACGAAUUUCGUAAUAAACGGUAGAGAAUAAUUAUUAGCUAUUAACGCUUCUUUUAUGUGCUUCAGUACCUUGUUUAUGUCCUCACAACGACUACUGAGUUUUUUAGCUUCAUCAUGUAGACAUUUGACUAGACCUGCUUUAAAUGAUAUUCAAAGAGAUGAUCCGUUGUCCAGAUACCUGUUAGAAUGAGUCGGUUUCCUGUAAACAACAGGAUCCAAACCAGCGUCAGUUCCUCUUUUUAUGAGUAAUUUUCCUUGUUCAUUUUCUACCUCAAGUGAAUUGGAUUAUGUCUACUUCCAAGUUCUUAUGUGUAAGGAAACUGUCGAUAUGCUCCAAUUUCAACACAGUAAAUGUGUCAUCUAAAUAUCGCUAUCACACCUUAGGUGCAGGGUUAUACGUUUAUAAAGCCGUCCUCCAACUAUCCGUGAAUAUAUCUGCUAAGAUUGAGGAUAUUGUUGAUCACAUUGUCACUCCUUCUGUUUGUUAAUAUUUGGACCUAUAAACUAAUUCAUAGAUAAACCCUGUCGACUAAAGCAUACAAUAGAUCAAAUUCAACACCUAGUCCAACAUAUGUAAUGGGAAUGAGGCUACACGUAUACCAGAGAUAUGUAAUAUUUUACUAUCAAUAAAAAAAAAAGAAUGAUUAGGUGACAGGACUAUAAAAAUGGAUUGUUGGAAGUAGUGUGAUUACAUUGAUAUGGUUAUGCGCAGUGAUGAUUUAUGCUCGAAACGUCAUCAAGUAAAUAAUACUGUACCAUUUGUGUAUUAUUAUUAUUUAUCUAUUUUUCCUUGGGUUCCUAGUGAAACAUAGGGCUUCUGUAGCACACCUCAAUUCCACCCCCUUCUCUACAGUCUUUUCAACUUGGCGCCACCACUGCCCACAAACUUUCUUUUCUUCAUCACAUCAUCUCCUCUACUCCACCCUCAGAUGGGACACCCAACUCGUCGUUUCCCCUUCGGAUUUCACUCGACGGCCUGGCAUGAACUGAGGUGUGGUGUCCCUAAUCCGCCUUCUCAGUGUAUGCCCAAUCCAAUCCAUCUCCACUUUGUUGGAUGAUGGGUUCUUGGUUGGUUCGAUGUCAGCCAGCCACACUUCCUUCUUACUUAUUCUCACUAUUCUGGCCAUCCAUCUGAUUUUGAGUAUGGGGCUAGAGUAGGCAGCUGUUGACGUGAUGUAUGUCUGUAGUUUGUUGGAGAUGCUUUUCUUGACACGUCAAGUUUUUGAACCACAUUAGAGCAGUGGUUUUGAUAUCCUUGUCUGCGCCGCCUGCAGUUGAAUUGAUGCUGCCUAAGUAGGUGUGGGUGAAAGAGAUAAUUUCAUUUGGGUUCCUCCUGUUGAUGGUGAUUGGUGCUUGUUGUUGAUGCUGUUAUUUGUUGAGUAUCUUCAUCACCUCUGUCUUCUCUGCAUUCACUUGAACUCCUAUUUUCGUUAUGUGCUGUAUAUCAAAUAAACAAAUCUUGCAAGGAAAGUCAACAUUUCUAAUGACUUUCAGCAAGUGCUGGUAACGUUUGCGUUGAUAAAUGCCUAAACCAUUUCAAAUAAUAUGUUAUUAAAAAUGCACCUGCAUCAUGUAAAACGCCAAAAUAUUACCACCAAGUUUUGAACUAUUGGGAGUGAAUAAAGUCUUGUUUUUAUUAUUGCUAGCAGAAUCGAAAAGAUAAACAGUUGAAUCAAAUUAGAUACAUAAAUACCUAUUACUUCACGUUAUUACAUUUGCAAAAUGCAAAAAAUUACAGCAGAAGAAAGUUCAUAAAAGUAAGGAGAAUUGGUAAACAAAGGUUGGCUAAGUAUUCAAAGAUUCAAAGAUAAUGAAAAGCGAAUACAUCAGAGCUAUUGUUUAAAUGUUUCGGCCAUAUCGUAAAAAUUCAUUGAGUUCGGUCAAUUAAAAAGCACUGAGAAGACACGCUACAGCUUUCUACACGUGUAAGACUGCUUGUAAAGAAUUCAUAAACUUCUUAGGUUGACAACUAUCUUAGGUCCUACUCCAGCCGAAAUUGAAUAUCAACUUAAAAAAUGACUGAAGUUGUGUAACAUAUGUCCUAGCUACUCUUGCUGAUGUAGGUAUGGAACCUCAUUCACUGACUUAUACAUCCUGCCUAGAAUUCUGCAUAUUAUCUUAACCGUACUCAGCAUGUGUCCUUACUGUAUAUCAGUAGUACUACGGAGACAUCUAUAAACAAAACUUGUUUCCUCCUUACAUUUCCAGUUUCAACAGAUAUUUCUUACAGAUAUUUGAAAGGACAGAGCAGACUGUUGCGCCUAGUACUCCUACUACGAUUUGCCGCUAAAGUUCUCCAAAAUGAAGGCUGUCGUGUAAGUUGGAAAGUCUUGAGUGGGUUUUCUACACUAAUUUCUGCACAAUGAGGUUCAUUCAACGUCAUUCCAUCCUUCGUCCUCUAUUCUAAAACCUGAAGUCAAUAAAGUCUACUCCUGAAGCAUCAUCUUUUGCUUGGAAUGCACUAAGUACAUGUGGAACUUACUAACGGUGUUGAAAAGACUCUACAUCUUAAUUAUCUGAAGGAAAGUUAUUACUCUUAUGGUCUUAUCGAUAAAGCUAAAGAGAUGAGAAUACCAACAGCUGGGAUCAGUAAUGCGUAUCAGGAACUUUUGUCUUCUUGUUUUUUUCUAUUUUUUUUAUCAAUUAUGCAUGAACAUAACCAAAUGAUGAGAAAUGUGCAGAAGACUGGAACUAAGCCGUAAACAUGUCUACCUCUCGUGAAUUUACUUUGCCAAGUGCCCAGCAAAGUGAAGAAUAUUUCAAACCUUAAUAUUCUGAGCAUUUUGUGAGUCAACUAGAUUAAUCUGUGGUGACUACAAGAAGAUUUCCAGCUUUAGUUAUUUAUUAGAAUCUUCAGUGGUCAAAACCAUUCUUCGAUGACCACAUAUUCUCUAGAAUUACUCUAGUUUUCCUUUAUCAUUAGUCACUAUACCUCCAUUUAAGUUUUUCAAUAUGUAAAUUAUUUUCAUAUGGUGGAUGCAUUUUAUAAUUCUUGUAGCUGAUUAGCUUUUGACCAGGUCUCAAAAUAUAGUAAAAGCCAUCGUAUUCUGAAAAUCAUGCUGCUUCUACAGUUUGACACAAGCUAGACUACUGAAAAGUGUUUCGCAGCAUAAAUUAGUAAUUCCUAGGAAAUCACUGAUAAAGUUCUCAUCCCUGUUUAUUCAUUAAAUCUCAAGUGGACAGUCAACUAUUCAAACAGCUGUGUGUGUGUGUUUUAUUCAGUGUGUUCUAUUGUUUACCUGAAGAAAUUAUCUAGAAAAAUUAUCAUGCUAGGUAGAAUAUUCUAUCAAAAAACCUUUAUUACUCGAUAGCAAAUGUCUUACGUCGAUAUGCAUAGGAUGCUGGUUCGAGAACGACUAUUUUAUAUGGAGUUAUAAUUUUUGCUUUUUACAUUUCAAGUUUAAUUUUCAACUUUCACCCACUACCAUUUCUCAUUUAAGCUCACUUUGUAUAUUACCACUAAACGUCUGAAGAUUUAAGGCUAAAAAAUAAGGUUGUUUACUUUUGUCGGUUUGCAACCAACAAGCUAAAUAAAAAAAAAUCCCCAUAGAAAACUGCCAAGUCUUUUGCUUCUGUUACCUACCCUACUUUGUUAUGAUAGUCGUGUUUUAUAUAUUUACUUUAAAAUGGACCCUUUGUAUUAGUGAAAGAUAGUGGCUAGCAGUAAGAUACAGGACGUGCGUCUCAUCCUAAUUAGGACUCGUCAGAUGGAUGUACAUGCCUUCCAGCGAGUGAUGUUGUUCCUACCAGCACUGGAACUUGGGACCGAUUGAUUCAAACACCGUAGUCAUUUACUAGACCACCAAGCAGUGAUAGCCACUUCUUUUGAGAUGGGUUUCGCUUUAAUGUUGUCGUUGAUUAGCCCGAAUCGAUCGGUUUCUAUUGGCAUAUAGGGUCCUGCACGAAUGUCUGGAUAUUGCCUAUUUCCCAAUUUUAUAUGAAUGGUGGAAAGCAUAUGCUAAUAGACAUCGAUCAUUUCUGUUCAAUCAGAAUAUCACAUCAAUGUUGGCAUAAAAUAAAAGCUUUACAAACAAAAUUGUUCUAGAAUAACUGUGUUUAUUGAUCAGAAAAGUCUGUGUGUUUAUUUAUCAUACAGAUUCACUGAAUUCUCUUACCUAUAUGGCGUACCAUUUUUGAACAUCCCAAUGUGAAAGUUUACCCUUCGAUUACAAAAGCCAUCUAAAGAGAGACGUAAUAAUUUUGUUGCAAUAUACAGGGAACCGGAUCCAGUUAUUACUGCUUUAAUCUGAAAGUCAACUCAGAAGAUAUUUAAGUUAGACUAUAAAUCACUUUUGAACACAUAUUUUCGAGAAGUGUGUCUUUGGAUGACUUUAUGCAAUGAUGAAGAAGAUUAUUCAGUAGGAGGGUACACUCCAUCUUGGUUAACCUACGCUGAACAUCAAAAUCUAUGGUGUAUGAAUGAUGCAUAGACUGACUCAUUUAUAUCUGAAUUAAAUAAGUGUAAUCAUACUGGGUGUUGAUUGAAGGUGAGAUGAAAAUUCGGACCACAGCCGGAUUCAAACCAGCGACCAAGGAGUUUACGGCCCUAUGGUCUGCUAACUGAGCUACGAAAUCCAACUGACGACCAGAUUUUUAUUUCACUUCAAUCAUCAAGGGUCUUGCCCGACUACCGUGUAAAUUCCUGAUGCGUUACUACCAUUUGAUAGUAAUCCCACUGGCCGCCUAGUCAGGACUUCUCAUCCUAAUCCAAACUGAGUUAGAGAGAAAGAACAUCAUAUUGACUGUCAUGUAACCAUCUGAGAUAUCCGCAGUUUGGAAGAAUAUUCUUUAUACUGGGUGAUGAGUGAAGGUCAGAUGAAAACUUUGACCGCUAUUGGAUUCAAACCAGUGACCACCAGCAGUCGAACUGCGUAGCUCAGUUGGUAAAGCAUCAAUCCGGAAACCUGGUGGUCGUAGGUUCGAAUCUAGUCGUGGUCAAAGCUUUCAUCUCAUCUUCAGUCAUCACGUUAUAUAGAUACUACUAUUUCAAACUACGGCUAUCUUAGAAAGUCGAAUGAUAAUAAGUGUAAUUACCAGUUUCCCACGUGGCUGACCCCAAAGGCUUUUGCAGGUGAAUCAUAAAGAUUUGACCUCAGCUUGAAACUGUUAUUUCACACUAGUAAAUGAUAUCUAAUAACUUUUAAUAAUCCAUAAAAUAACUUUUCCUGUUGUUUGCUUUCAGUGUUCACUAUUUGGCACCUUCUUUAUUGACAGUUACCUUCAGACAUUGUCUACAAUGACUCCUGAAGAAGUUUGUGAGGUAAUUAUUUUCAAUCAUAUUUAUUCGCUCCAGUGUGUAAAUACAACUUGAUAUUCAAACACUAUAGAAUUGUAAGUGAACAACACUGAAACGCUGAUUUUUUCACAGUGACUAAAUUGUCCAAUAUUAUUACCAAAUUUAUACAUUUACUUACUUGAUGAAUGAAUCAUCACAGAAAUUCCAGAGAAAUUUUAUCAAUUCAUCUGAGUCACAUCGGUCAGUGCCUAUCGAUUAGUGAUAAUCAAUUUCAACAAGUAAAUUCAGUGUUUCAGAAAUCAAAAAGAUUGUAUUUCUUCUAGAAUAGUGUAAAAAGUUAAACUGGUGAGGAUUUUUUGAUAUUUCAAAGGAAGAUAGGAAUAUUGAACGGUUUCGGAUAAGAACCCUAAACGGGUACGAGUCUCAAAUGACCAUUAUUGUACAUUUAGGAUUUUAAAUUGCGUUUUUUUUUAUGAUGACAUAAGGAACAUAAGGAAUAUGUAUGCAUGCAUAUGUAUGUAGUCAGUUUAGUCAUGUCAAAAUUCACGCUUAUUGUCACACUCUACCUUAUUGCAGAUAACUUCAUGAUUAUUAGUGUUAUUUACUAUUCAGUAACUUUUUUGUACUAGGUGAUAAUUCCUGGUGAAAUGAAAAUUUGCACCGCAGCAAGAUUCAAACCUACGACCAUCAGGUUUCCAGUCCAAUGCUCUACCAACUGAACUACGUGGUCCGACUGCUGGUGGUGGCUGGUUUGAAUUCGGUCACGGAGCAAGUUUUCAUUUCACUUUCAAUCGUCACUCAGUAGAAAUAUUGGUCUGUCAAACUACGGCUAUCUCAGAUAGUCAAAUGAUAUUCAGUAACUUACAGCUCUUGCAUCACCAUCAUAUUACACCGCAUUAACUUUUGUGUGGAAUUAGGUUACGUAUACUAGAAGAAGGCGAGGCAGGACCGGUAAAUCAGCAUCAGUAUAAGUGAUAGAUAAUGGGUAGCAGUGAAUGCGUGUUUCGUCCUAUUUGGGACUCGUCAGUUAGAUGCACCUGCAGCCUGCCACUGAAUGAUGUUAUUCCCACCAGAACUCGAACUCAGGACCAAUAGCUUCAAAUGCCAGAGUGCCGUCCACUAGGGCACUAAGUCAUGAUAGGCACUUCUGGUGAUAUGCGUACAGUAUAGUUCCGAUACUAAAGCUUGAAAACCUCCGUCGUAAAUUUCUACCUAGUGGAUAGCGCCCUGACUUUUAAAGCGGCCUGUUCUGGAUUCAUGUCUCGAUGGUAACAACACCACUUUCUGGGAGGUAGGUACAUCCAGUUGACGAGUCCAAAAAAAGAAUAAACGUGAGUACUGGGUUACAAUGUUAGCCACUAUCUACCAAUAAUAUCAAGAACUUAAAACACCACGGUAUCGAGGGGUCCGCCACCUAUAAGUCAGUCAGUAGAAAUCAAUUAGUUUGGUCCAAUCAAAGAAGAUUUACAAGGUGUAACGACAAAACUAGGCCAACAUUAUGUCUAAAAGGCGAAGCUAGAUUUCUUAAAAAACAACUGACUUCUUUCUUCUCUCCAACUCUUCAAAAUUGUCCUUGUGCAGUAUAUAUGACAGCUUUGUUUAGUGGAACUUAAGCUAAGCCUCCAAUACCUUGUUUGUGUAGUACGCAUAUAAAAGGAAUAUACAUAAGUUCUAUACUAUAUUUUAACAUUUCUAAGGAAGCUAAAUAGCUACACAGACCAACUAAGAUAUUUGUACCGUUUCCCUCAAAAAACUGAGUCUCACCGUCUUCAACUGACAGAUAUAUGUUACCGGUAACCAUUUCUUUCAUUGAAGUGUUGACCACCUAGGAGCUUUUGUUAAAUUUGAAUAUUCUAUGUGAUUUAGUAAGUUAUAUUGAAUUGGUGAAUAGUAUAUAAAGCUAUAUGAUUCUCAUUUUAUUUCUAGUCACUGAAAAUUUGCUCACAAAUGGGAUGAUUACGUGAAAUAUAUGAAGAAAACUCACUUAGAGCCAACAUAGUCAUUUGACUGAAUUUUUGUAUUGUUGAUUUUGUAAACUCACUAAAUUAUCAACAUAAAUUAUGAAAAAAUGCAAUAAAAACUGUGGUUUUUCCUUUA